UAGUUGUGAAUUCUGGUCCUGCCACUGUCACUGUUGAUUUGCUUAACCUUGUCUGAGCACGUCUCUCUGGGCUUUAUUUCCUCAUCUAUCUCUGAGGUCCUUUCCAACUGGAAGUUGCAAAGAUUCAUUGAGGGGAGCAAGGAAGGAGGAGCCUCAGUCUGCAGGAGCUUUCCUUUCUUAAAGAAAAAGGUCAACCCCUAGUUCUUAUAGAUGCUCAGAACAUGUUCUUGGGGGAAAACGCUUAAAGGUUUGCUUUGGGCCCUGCUGGGCCUGGGGAGGUCUCUGGAGAAGAGCUUGGGGCAGAAUCAGAAGCAGCAGAAGCUAUGGGUGGCUGCAUGGAGGAUGAUGCACCCCACAAGAGAAGUGAGACCCUGGAGCUGAGGGAGCAUCAUGGCAGUUUUUCUGGAGGCCAAGGAUGCCCAUUCGGUCCUGAAACGAUUCCCUCGUGCCAAUGAGUUCCUGGAGGAGCUGCGCCAGGGCACCAUCGAGCGAGAGUGCAUGGAGGAGAUCUGCAGCUACGAGGAGGUCAAGGAAGUGUUUGAGAACAAAGAGAAAACGAUGGAGUUCUGGAAGGGAUACCCAAAUGCAGUAUACUCAGUCCGAGACCCCUCACAGAGCUCAGAUGCCAUGUACGUGGUGGUACCCCUUCUGGGGGUGGCAUUGCUGAUUGUCAUCGCCUUGUUCAUCAUCUGGAGGUGCCAGCUGCAGAAAGCGACCCGUCACCACCCCUCCUAUGCUCAGAACCGGUACCUAGCCAGUCGCGCCGGGCACACCCUCCCCCGGGUCAUGGUGUACCGGGGUACCAUGCAUAGUCAAGGGGAGCCUUCUGGGCACCGAGAGGCAGUGAGCAGCCCCCAGGUGGUGGUGGGGCCCAGUCGGGGGGGCAGGACCACAGUCCGACUCGAGAGCACUCUCUACCUCCCUGAGCUCUCUCUCUCCAGACUGUCCAGCACCACCCCUCCCCCCUCCUACGAGGAGGUGACUGCGCCCCAAGAGAGCAGCAGUGAGGAGGCCAGCAUGUCUUACAGCGACCCACCCCCAAAGUACGAGGAGAUAGUGGCCGCCAACCCUGGCGCUGACAAAUAGUGGGACGUUUAUGCCCUGUCCCGGAUGAACGCCUCUUUCUGAGGUCUCAUAUUUUCUUUUGAACUUUUUAAAGACUGUGCCACCACAAAACAGCCUUAGCCUCCUUGUUGCCAAAUAAUUCCCUAACUGCGGAGUUUUAGGAAGUCAGCUGUCACAGACAAGUGGGGAGGGUGGGGGUAGGGACCACGCAUGAGUCAAAGCUCCCGGAAGAGCCAAAGGCCAAAGUGCCCAACUCUUUGGGAUGACCCCCAAGCCUCCAACAUCCUGUCUUUCCAUCAGGAACUGGCUUCUCUUAUGCCAAAGGAAUCACCCCAUUGAGUUGAUUGUAACCAGAAUGUCCAAAGGCCCGGCCCGGGGGCUGUGGGGCUGGCUGGAGGCCUGUGUGUGUCUGGAGCCCUGGACCACAGGGGUAAGGGAGGGAAGCCAGCCUUUCAGCACCCCUUUCCCUCCACAGUUCUGUGCUUUCUGUCCUUGCUUAUAUUUGGAGGACAGGGACAAGGAUUGAGCAAAAACAAAGUGAAAAAAAUCAUGACAAAUAAAUAAUGAACACAAUAGAA